CCUCCGCGCUCCGCCCAGGGGCUGCAGUCUCCUUAGAAGGCAAAGCCAGGGCCUCGCCCCUGCGGGCGGGACCUCGCCGCUCACCCUGCACGCUUGCGGGACCGGAGCCGGCGAGCGCGGGAAGCCGCGGACCACUGCGGGGCGUGGCCCGGGGCCCGGGGCGGGGUCGGGAGCGUGGAGUCCACUCCGGACCUUCGUCCCGCCCACGCCGCGAGAGAGGUGUGGCGGCCCCCGUCUACGCGCUCGCGAUGGAGGUCCUGCGCCGCUCCUCGGUCCUCGCCGCCGAGAUCAUGGAUGCCUUUGAGCGCUCGCCCACCGACAAGGAGCUAGUGGCCCAGGCCAAGGCGCUGGGCCGGGAGUUCGUGCACGCGCGGCUCCUGCGCGCCGGCCUGGCCUGGAGCGCGCCGGAGCGCGCGGCAGUGCCGGGGGGCCGCCUGGCGGAGGUGUGUGCUGUGCUGCUGCGCCUGGGGGACGAGCUGGAGCAGAUCCGGCCCAGCGUGUACCGCAACGUGGCCCGCCAGCUGCACAUCUCCCUGCAGUCAGAGCCCGUGGUGACUGACGCAUUCCUGGCUGUGGCAGGCCACAUCUUCUCAACAGGCAUCACAUGGGGCAAGGUGGUGUCCCUCUACGCAGUAGCCGCGGGGCUGGCUGUGGACUGUGUGCGACAGGCCCAGCCUGCCAUGGUUCAUGCCCUUGUCGACUGCCUGGGAGAGUUUGUGCGAAAGACCCUGGCCACCUGGCUGCGGCGGCGUGGUGGAUGGACUGACAUCCUGAAGUGCGUGGUUGGCACUGACCCUGGCCUCCACUCCCACUGGCUUGUGGCCGCACUGUGCAGCUUCGGGCGCUUCCUGAAGGCUGCCUUCUUUGUACUCUUGCCAGAGAGAUGAGUGCCUGCCUGGCACCCUGUGCCCGACCUGGGAGCCCUGCAGCACCUGGACAACCUGUCCCCCUCCAGAGCCCCAUGCCCCAGCCUUCCUCAGAGCCUCUGCCCAAGAUCCAGGGAUAGCCUUUGGCCCUGCCUCAGCAAGGGCCUCGGUGGGAUGCGAAAUGGCCUCAGUCCUCGGGGCAGCAGGCUCUGCACUAGCAAUCUGGGCCUCUGUGCUAGUUGCUGAGCCCAAUGUACAGCAUUCAUCGGCUAUCACCAUGAUGGGGUCCCAGUGUGGGGGGCAGGGUGUGGGCUCCAGUUGUGGAUAGGAUGGUAUGCAGGAGCUAAGCCAGAGAGGCUUUGUCCCCUGCAGGGUGAGGAUGACCCAUCCAUCUCUCGUGCUGCCCUUAGGACCAAGAACUCGGACACUGGGACCCGGGCCCCUCCUGGUGUCAGAGGCCUGAAUGUCCCCACCUUCUUGAUGCCCAGUUUCCCAUGCAGGGCACUCGUUAGGCCCACAGCCCCUGCUAGCCCGUCUAGACCAAGUGAUGUGGUGCUGAGGGGGGCAUGUGACCAGAGCUGCCCUCUCCAGCUCCCUGUGACCCCUGCCAGGCUGCGUGCUACAGGGGCCCAUGCUGUCCUGGGUCAAAGGCAAAUCAGGCCUGUGGAGGGAGGCUGGGAAUAAACUUCAGACUCAUUUUCAUGUUAGACAGUCA